AUGGGCAGACAACGCCGCUACUCGUACUCCGAAUCCGAGACCGAUUACUCGGAGUCGGACAUCUCAAUGAUGGAGUAUCCCCGCAGACAGCAUCAUAGGAGGCGCUCCGUUUCCCGCACCCGCUUCAGCCCCAGCUUCAGCAACACCUACUUGAGCCCAAACACCGUGCACGAAGACGUCCGCAUCCACCGCUCCGCCUCGACAGGCGCUCGGCGCACCCGUGAAGAGCGCGACCGGCGAGAGCGUGAGCGUGAGCACCGUGAGCACCGUGAACACCGUGAGCGUGACCGCGAACGUGACCAUCGCGAUCGCGAUCGCCUGGAGCGGGAUCGUGUCCAGCCCACUGCUGUCAUCGUCGACAUCAAGAACGAGUCUCGCAAUACGAGCUCCAACCAGAAACGCAAGCAGCAUCGCGAAUCGUCCUCCCACCACCAGGAAGACAACCAGUAUCUUGAUAUAUAUGAUUCAGAGGACGAGACUGUCCUACGGCGUCAGCAGCAUCGCCGCCGUCCCCGUGCCAGUACUAGUGUCUCCCGGUCCCGUGAUCCCUCGCCGUACCCGGUGCUUCAGCCGGCUCUUCAGCCCCCCCGUGAUUUUGACCUUGUUAUCGACCAGCGACUGCUCGAGAAGAAUGAUCAGAAACAGGAUCUGGAGAUCCUUCAGCAGCAGCGGGAUAUUAGACGUCUUGAGCGUGAACUAGCUCGCCAUCGUGAAUAUGCGGAGCAGCACCCGGAGGUCCGUCUGGUGAGGGAGGAGGAGGAGCGAUAUGAGGAUGACAUCAGUGAUCGGCUACGACGACUCCAGCGAUACGAGGAGUCCGAACGCCUAGAGGAGGAGAAGCGCAAGGCUGAACGCCGCUACCGGCUCCAGAGACUUGAGCAGGCGGAGAAAGAGGCCGCUGAACAGGAGGAGGUACGCGAGAAACUCAAGCAUGAAAGGCUCAAGGAGCUGCAGCGCAAGAUUGAGGAAGAGGAAGAGCGUGAGAGGAUCAAGAAACAAAUCAAAGAUGAGGAGGCUCGGAUCGCCCUUGCGGAAGCCGAGAGAAAGGCAAAGGAGGCCGCCAUGAAACAGGCCGCCGUCGAGGAGUGGAAGCUCGCCGAAGAACGCCGCAGAAUUGCAGAGCGCGAGGCGGCCGCGAGGCGUGACAAAGAGUUCAGGGAACGCCUGAGGCUGGAAUUCGGCUACACCGAGGAAGAGAUCGAAGACAUUAUCAACAAGAAGCACAAGAAGGACAAGAAGGAAGAAAAGAAAGAGGAAAAGAAGGAGGAGAAAAAAGAAAAAGAAGAGAAGAAGAAGGAAAAGGAGGAUGAAAAAGAAAAGGAGAGGGAUGACCGCAAGGCGACUUGGAUCAAGGUCCACCGCAAGCAUCUGCUCCCCGAUACACUAAUGGCCUAUCGGCUCCCUUGGGCCUGGGAUGAACUCGACGGCAACUAUAUCAUCAUCAAAACAUGGAUCAGCGAAGAACUCCAGGAGGAACUUUUUGCGCACACCCGCCGUCUACGCGACGGCAAGCUCGUCACUGAGACAUCCAGCACCCUGACCGAAUUGAAAGUGAACGACAGGAAGAAGGACAAAAUGUACCUUGUGCGGAAGAAGAGCCCCAGCCGGCGGUCGUGGAUCUUCACUUGA